UGCUAGAUAAGACUGGAUCAGGGCAAGCGGGCCAGAAGCUGGGGUAUAAAGUGGCAGGGAUAGAGGGGACCAAGAAGGGACCCAGCCUGUCCUUCUGGAAGAGCAGAGAGUGCGCUCGGAAGCCCUGGGCGAUGGUGGCCGUGAAGAUCUGCUCUCUGCUGCUGCUCUUCCUGGCUUCAGGGCUCGGAGAGAAGGGGGAGGCUCAGGCCAGACCCCAGGCCCAGCCCAGCGGCCCCCGAGGCCCCAGGUACGCGGAGGGGACUUUCAUCAGCGACUACAGCAUCGCCAUGGACAAGAUCCGCCAGCAGGACUUCGUCAACUGGCUGCUGGCACAGAAGGGGAAGAAGGGCGACUGGAGUCACAACCUCACUCAGAGGGACACCCACAACCCGGAGCUGUCCAGGCCAUCUCAGGAGAGGCAGGGGCCCUCAGAGCCGCAGAGGCCCCAGGACUCGGACCUGCUGCAGGAGCUGCUGGUGCCCGAGCUGCUGGCCCGGAUGGUGGAGUGGGCGGAGCUGUGCCACCUCAGGUCUCAGUGAUGACCCAGCCCAGCUCCAGCUGGACUCCGCCCUGCGCGUGCCCACCCCCGGCUUCCAUUUCAAGACACAAGUCAGGCCAAUAAAGAAUCCGCUGCAAUAAA